CGAACCCAUUUCUUGCAGUGCCACAGGAAGGAGCAAGACGAUCCAUAUUUGGAGAGGCCAUUUGGCAUCCAGAGCAUCCAGAUAAACUUGAAAGAGCAAGAAAAACGAGGCCUCGUUUCUUGCAGUGCCUGUGCGUGCGGCGGCAGCGCAUGCGCAUUCUCUCCCCUCCCCGUUCUCCUCUCCCCGGGCAACCCGGCCGCGCCGCCCCCCUUUCUUCCACCCUCGUUGGUAGAGUACCGAUAUAGUUCCCCCAUCGGCCAGGAAUCCUCGCAUCGCAUCACGACACCCGGUUCCUCUCCCUCCCUUCCCUUCCUCUGCUUCCGGGGAGGAGGAGAGGAAAGAGACAGACGAAGGGCGCACCGGGAAGGAGGACCUGGAGGAGGAGGCACACAACACAAUCCUUCCUCUUGCACGCGGAGUCCUCAAGCGGGCCUCCUCCUCGGCCUUGGCUCAAAUUCCGGGUGCCAUAACACGACCUCCGCCGGCGGCCACCGGCAGCCAUGUCGCCCUUCUACCUCGCUCGCGGUGCUUCCAAGCUAGUGAGAAGGAUUACCUCGGAGACAUCGGUCGAGCUCAAGAUUCUAUCUGAUAAAUGGCGGCUUCUCCUCGCUGGCCUCAUUUUCCAGUACAUACAUGGUUUGGCCGCUCAUGGGGUUCAUUAUCUGCACCGGCCGGGCCCUACCCUUCAAGAUCUUGGCUUCAUGAUUCUUCCGGAGCUUGGGAAAGAAAGGGGUUACAUCAGUGAGACAUUGUUUACAUUCGUCUUCCUCACCUUCGUUUUGUGGACAUUUCAUCCUUUCAUCCUUCAGACUAAACGCUUCUACACUGUUCUGAUAUGGCGCAGGGUACUUGCCUUCUUAUGUGCUUCUCAGUUUCUUCGAAUAAUAACAUUCUAUGCAACACAGCUUCCAGGACCUAAUUAUCAUUGUCGCGAGGGCUCGCCUCUGGCUAGAUUACCACCUCCCCAGAAUGCAGCUGAGGUCUUUCUGAUUAAUUUCCCAACAGGAGUGAUUUAUGGAUGUGGUGACUUGAUAUUUUCAUCCCACAUGAUUUUCACCCUAGUUUUCGUCAUAACAUACCAGAAAUAUGGAAGCAUAAGGUUUUGUAAGAUGCUUGCUUGGUGCAUAGCUGUUGCUCAGAGUCUUCUUAUUAUAUGUUCUCGCAAGCAUUACAGUGUUGACGUCGUUGUUGCAUGGUAUACUGUGAAUUUGGUCGUUUUCUUUGUGGAUAAGAAGCUUACAGAACUUCCUGAUCGAUCAGUGGGAUCCACAUCAGUACUUCCUGUGAGUGCAAGGGAUAAAGAUACCAAGUUGAAAGAAGAAAAUACCAGAUUGCUGAAUGGUAACUCUAUGGAUUCAGCUGAUCGGAGGCCACGGACACAAAUGAAUGGAAAGCAAAUUGAGAAUGAAAGCCAUGUUGAUAGUGAAACUGUGAAAACAUGAUCAACUAUCAAGGAGGGGAUUUUGUUAGCUAAGAGACGUUUCAGACGACUAAAGAAAUAUGGGAUGCCAUCCGCUUUGGUGCCUACUGCCUAGCUCCUUGACGACUUCAUGAAAUAUAGCUACGAAGGAAAUAGUUUUACAUCUCGCUGUUCUAGGCAGCAGAAGUUUUGUUUGCAAAACUGUACAUCUUCCUCGGCUCUCUCAUUUGUAACCCUUUUUCUUUCUGGUUUCUUUCAUUUAUUUACCAGCUUGGAAUUCAGAUUAUUUAUACUAGUUGUGUAUAGUUAGCACAGGUUCUUUGCAUGUGAACAGUAAUCAUAUGGACAAUAUAAGAUUGUUCUUGUUAU